AUGGCCGACGUCAAGCGCCCCACUUCGCCGCCCACCGCGUCCGGCUCGGCAUUCGCCGUCGCGCGGCCCCAUGGCGCCAAUGCUGUCCGUCGCCGCGCACCCGCCGCGCCCCGCCCAACGUCGGCGCGUGCCGCCGGCGCAGGUGGUUCCAGCAACACCAUGCUCAAGCUCUACACCGACUCUGGCGACGUCGGCCUCAAGGUCGACCCCUUCGUGGUCAUCGUCCUCGCACUCUCGUUUAUCGCCUCCAUCUUCUUCCUGCACAUCGCCGCCAAGAUUGUGCGCGUCUUCACGAGCUAG